AUGCUUCAAGGAAACGUUUGUCGAUCGUUGGCUCACACCAUUUUUGUCGUAUCCUUCAUUCUAUUCACUGGUUGCGUAGUCCUCCACUACUAUGUCGAUCGAAUUCACGGUGCUGUAAUUGCACGCUUCUUCACCCUCGUCCCUGAUAGUCUUGUGUUUGAAAGUUUCAGCGGAAACGAUACAGCACUUAACACAUCACUUUACCUUUACAACUUAACCAACGAGCACGCCGUUCUCAAUGGCGCCAAACCAGUUUUCACGGAAGUUGGACCGUUUCGUUAUAAGAAGCAAACGUUUAAGAGUGAUAUGAAAUUUUCUGAUGAAUCACCUCCAAAAUAUCUUCAGUACAAAGAAAAAACCAAUUACUUCGAAAUUCAUGAUGAAAUGUCUGUGAACCCAUUUGUCGGCAAAGUAACUUCUUUGGAUAUUUUUACCGCAGCCCUAGUGCUACAAGGUUUUAGUGUUUUAACAAGGACAUUCUUGGUCGCUGCUAAGCCAUUUGUAACGGCAACACCUCAGGAAAUAAUUUGGGGGUAUACCCAUGGAAACAUAGAAUCCUGUUACUUUUAUGGACAAUGUCCAUCUGACAAAGUGUCAGUAUUUGUCGGUGAGAAUGGGACAUCAGAGAAUGAGUUUGUUAUUAAAACUGGAGUCGAUGAUAUUAAUGAGCUUGGAAAGGUGGUGAAAUUCAAUGGCCAAAGUGUUCUCAAUGUAUGGAAAAGUGAAUAUGCGAACUAUAUUAAUGGCAGUGAUGGAUUUUCCCUGGGGCCAGGACUCACUGUCGGUUCGCAAAGAUAUUUAUUUGCCCAUGGCGCUUGUCGUUCUGUAAUGAUGGAGGCUAUGAAAGAAGUACCCCACCCCGCCUAUCCUGAAUUGAAGGUGUUAUUGUUCGAACCGGCUUCAGAAGAUAAAAUGGACCACAGUGUUUAUCCAUCACCACAAGAGUUUUGCCAAGGUCAGAGUUACGAACCGAAGUGCGCUCCUAAAGGCUUCGUGGCAUUAUCUCCCUGUUUGAAAAACAACAGCUAUCUACCAAUUUACGGUUCACAAGGACAUUUCAUCGGUGCCGACCACAGCAUUCGCAAUCGAUUUCAUGGGAUUCCAGAACCAGAUUACAAUCUGGACAGAACAUAUAUGCUGGUAGAUCCUGUGACGGGAAUCACGUUGGGGGCUCACCAAGUUCUGCAGUUAAAUUACUACAUAGACAAUCCAAGUCUGAAAAGCUUACCAUAUCAAAAUAUGGCUGGAAACCUGUUCUUUCCGAUUAUGAGAAUUGUAAUGGAUGUCAGUGCGGAUGUAGAUGCCUUGAAAACAAUACACACUCUGGUUCACGGCAGCAAAUACUGGAUCAAUAUUGCAAUCUACAUAUUCGGUGGAUUGUGUUUGGUCGCAUUCUUCGCUACGAUGGCCAUAAUACUCAAAAUGAAUCGGAAUCGCUCGUGA